GCAGCCGGCCGCCAUCUUAGGCUCCGCAAGCCACUGCCUCAGCUUGCCCGGGUCACGUGGGGGCGGGGCCAGCGGCGGAACAGAGCCGAGGGGAGCGGAGUGGGGCUGAGGGGCGGUGGCGGCGCCAUGGGGCAGUGCGGCAUCACCUCCUCCAAAACCGUCCUGGUUUUCCUCAAUCUCAUCUUCUGGGCAGCAGCAGGCAUACUGUGCUACGUGGGAGCCUAUGUGUUCAUCACAUAUGACGACUAUGAUCACUUCUUUGAAGACGUCUACACGCUCAUUCCAGCAGUUAUUAUCAUAGCUGUGGGAACACUUCUUUUUAUUAUUGGACUUAUUGGGUGUUGUGCCACAAUUCGAGAAAGUCGCUGUGGACUUGCUACAUUUGUGAUCAUCUUGCUCUUGGUUUUUAUUACUGAAGUGGUGGUGGUGGUUCUUGGAUACAUCUACAGAGCAAAGGUGGAGGAUGAAGUUGAUCACAGCAUUCAGAAAGUAUACAAUGGAUACAAUGGGACAAAUCCUGAUGCAGCCAGUCGUGCCAUUGACUAUGUACAGAGGCAGCUGCGCUGUUGUGGGAUCCAUAACUACUCAGACUGGGAGAACACUGUCUGGUUCAAGCAAACUAAAAACAACAGUGUGCCACUUAGCUGUUGCAAAGCAGCUCUCAGCAAUUGUACUGGCAGUUUGACCCGUCCAAUGGACCUUUAUUCUGAGGGCUGUGAGGCUCUGGUUGUAAAGAAGCUUCAAGAGAUAAUGAUGUAUGUCAUCUGGGCAGCACUAGCAUUUGCCGCUAUUCAGCUUCUGGGCAUGUUGUGUGCCUGUAUAGUACUAUGUAGAAGGAGUCGGGAUCCUGCUUACGAACUUCUCAUCACUGGCGGAACCUACGCCUAGAAGAGAAUGGGAACGUGGUUCAAUCUUAUCUCACUUGUGUGGAAGGUGAACGGGCCAGGUUUACUGCAAUAGCUUUCUUGCCCUAAGCUUAGUCAAAGCGCACCUUUCACAGAUGAGGGGAGCUGUACUGUACACUGGUGACGGGCAAAACAACUCAGCUUUACACACACCCAUAUAAUUAAUUACCUGUGACUUUCACUGUUUUAGCCAGCUAUUCAUGUAUCUAAAUGUUUUAGUAUGCUAGUAAACUUUCUAAUUUCAGAACCAUUUGCAAGUUAAGUGUGAUUUGGUUGAUAUGAAAGUCAAAGGAUGUGUUGGUGGAUUACCUCUAAGCAUUAACUGACUGAUUCUUGCAUAUAGAGAGAGUUUGUUAAACCUUCACUACAUGGAACUUCUUUGACUGAAGUUGUAAAAAAAAAAAAAAAAAAAGCCAGCUGUAUUCAAUUUGAAAAAUAUUUUAACCUUGCCCAUCACCAGUGUCACUUUUUUUUAAAAAAAAAAAAACACUUAAGUCCAGUAAACUUUAUAUAUAAUGGUAAAAACAAAACAACAAAAAAACUAACCAAAAUUUUAGGUACAUAAGACUAAGUUUUGACCUUCAGAGAUCAAACCUUUCAAGCAUUAGUGUUUUAAAAUACGAGCUGGCUUUUCAGGAGUAUAAUGUAUGCACUACUGUUCUAUAAUGAAAUAUUUCAUUUUUUUCUAUGAAGAGCAGUUUUAUGUGUUGAGUGAACUGUAGACUGUAGAUCUUAAACUGGUUUGGAAAUAAUGUAGCCAUGUAGAGUAGCAAAGUAGUAUGUGAAAGUGAUCUCAACUGUAAAUAGUAAACCUGAUUAAAUAAAUCUCUGUAUAUCCUCCC